AUGGAAGCGCUUUCACCUGAAAAAGGCACAGAGCAGGAAAAUCUUGAAUCUGCAGUCUUAUUCGGGAACUCAUCCGUUUAUGCCAUAGCGCAGGUUGGAAAAUCAAAAAAUACACUUCGUAAAGUCUUUUGGAUUAUUUUUCUGUUCAUGGCGCUUCUCGUUUGCAUUCACCAACUUUAUCCCUUUAUAGUUGUAUAUUCACAAUAUGAUGUUAUCAUUGAUUUUCAAGUUGAACAUAAGUGGAGCUUAGAAUUUCCUGCAGUAACUGUUUGCAACUUGAAUCGAAUGAAAAAGAAAUAUAUUAGGUGCUUGAAAACAAAUAAACGAAUGGACGUUUGUACGAGUGGGGCCGGAGCGGACAGCAGCAAUGAAUUCACUCUGUCUGAACGAAAUACAAUAACAUCAUGCAAAGCUCUCUUGUAUGGAAAUAGCAACAUCUCGGAUGACUCAGCACUUCCAUUUUUGACAAGAUAUUCUCUUUUGGAUAAAGAAAAGCGUAAAUCAAUAGGAGAGCAAGCCAUUCGCUUCAUACGUAGCUGCACGAUAAAUGGAGCAAUUUGCUCUGUGGAAGAAUUUUCGUUCGUGCAAAGUUUUCGCCAUGGUAACUGCUAUACUUUUAACAAACGAAAGAAAACAGAUGUGAAUCCCCUUGUGGCUUCAAUGAAUAAACUUAAUUUAGGUUUGGAGCUAGUUUUGGAUUUACAUCUUAAACAAUACAUGACAGAAACGCAAGCAAUUGGAGCAAAGAUAUUAAUACAUCAUCCGAAAGAUGAACCAAAUAUUGAAGAAGAAGGGAUUACAAUUAGUCCAGGAUUCGAAACUUCAAUAAGUAUGUCAAAAAUGCAGAUCUUAAGACUACCAUAUCCUUUUAGAGAUCAGUGUAUUCAUUAUGAACUUGAUGAUAAAUAUCCUUUCUGCAACCAACAGGACUGCGUCAGAAGUUGCAUACAAAAUUUUAAUAAACUGGCAUGUGGAUGCACAGAUCCAACUAUACCGAAAGCAGAUGAUGCAAAACUUUGCAAUAUUUCCAAUGCCACAGAUGUUUGUUGUCUUGAUAAGGUUUUGGAAGAUCUAACCACAGACAAAUUUACUUGUGACUGCCCAUUUCCUUGCCACUCUGUUGAUUACGAUAUCAAACUUUCCUAUGNUGGGUUAUUUUUCUGUUCAUGGCGCUUCUCGUUUGUAUUCACCAACUUUAUCCCUUUAUAG